UAACUGUCAAUCAUUACAAGUAUGUGACGUUUGACCUCAGGGCUUCAUAUACAGUUAUUUUUAUUUUACACUUCGGAGGGUGGAUAUCAGAUGAGACAAACUGCCAGAUAAUGUACAAAAUAGAACGAAGUUUUUCAACUUGCAGUAUAAGGAAAUGUUUCUCCACGAGUAUCUUCCAAGCCUUUGUCAUCUUGAUAUUCAUGUGUAUUUUGUAUACACUUAGCCUUGUGUCCAUGAGAGUUGGCACCGGUGACGUCAUAACAGUUGGACCAUACAGUGAUCAGUUUUUGAUACCAGACGACCAACAACUUGAGCGGUUAUCGGAUAGCCAGCUUGUGGACAUUUUCACAAAGUACAUCAACUCGUUCCAAAUUAUGUGCAGGAAUCACAAGAGGACAGGGGUAAUAACUGACGGGGGUAAGGAAGUAUGCGUUGACGAAAUUAUCCGCCCGAGAUCACCGUGCCUCGUUUAUUCGUUCGGAAGAUGGAAGGAUGAAAAGAAGUACAUACAUGCUGCAUUAGACGGAAAAACAAUAAAAAUCGAAGUCAAGAAAGAUUCAAACAACCAGUUUGACUUUGAGGAUAAAGUAAUCAAACAAUUUGGGUGUGAAGUUUUAACCUUUGACCCAACGAUGGAGUCAUUGGAUAAAAAAGAUAUGAGAAUUCCACGUGGUUGCAAGUUCUAUGAGAAAGGAUUGGAAGGUGUUAAUAUGCCGGAGAAAAACCUGUUCACACUUGGAACAAUUCUACAAGAAUAUGGACACUCUACGAGGACGCUUGAUUUAUUAAAAGUUGACGUAGAAGGAUCAGAGUGGUCUGCCUUUGAAGAAAUGAUGACGUCAGGAACGCUUGCAAAUGUCCGCCAACUUCUCGUCGAAUUUCAUUUUGACAAGGAAAUGAGAUACGAAAAGAUAAGACAGUUAAGGGUAUUCAGAAAACUUUACGAUUACGGUUUUAGAUCAUUUAGCAGGGAACGAAAUCUAGGAGGAGCCAAAUUCUUCAAAGACCUUGGUUAUGCUGUGGUUUUUAACGUUGAAAUCUCAAUGGUUAAUAUAAGAUUUCUGUGAAGCAUGUAACGUUCCGAAUAUAAUAUUUAUUUAUAAUUUAUUUAAAUGUUAGGUCUAUCUUUAUUUUAUAUAUUUAUAUACUUGAUAAUUGUCUGUAGAAUAAAUAUGAUGUCAGAGUCUAUGUUUCAUUUUAAGAU